GAGUUCCUUCAAGUCAUGUUGGAAAUAUGUUUACAUAGAGAAGCGUUACUACCAGUUCCACUUGAAGAGGAAUUCAUUAUGGAGGUCGGAGAUGCAAUUGGGCACAUACUGAGUUGGCCAAGACAUCUAGUCAUUCAAUGCUCUGACUUGGAAAAAAUGUUGGCGAAACCAAAGACAAAACCCGUGAAAGAUUUAAAAAGUAAUAAACAAAUAAAACAACCAAGAGGGACUAAUGAGGAAAACGAAAAGGAGCUUGAACAAAAGAUUGUACAAGUGGAAAAGGUCACGGGAAAAGAAGUAGUAAGUGAGAAAGAAAAAAAAACGGAAAAGAGAACCUAAAGUGGAAAAUGAAAAAGAGAAUGUACAAGUGAACGAAGGCAAAGGGGGGGAUGACGAGAG